CUGGCAAGAUAAGGCCGCUUCCACCAGUGCCACAUAUAUAGCCAAGUGGGACACACUACUGUGUGGUCUGCAGGAACUGAGGCAAUACUGCCUACACUCAUAAGUGUGUUCAAUACAUCCAGGACAGCUUCAUUUGCAUCUGAGACAAUUAACUUUCCCACUGGCUGACCUGUACAGAUGAUGAUUAUGAAGAUAAUAUGUUCAUACAAGACAUUGACAGUUUGAGUAAGACUGAUGCUUCUCCCAGUGCCCUGGGGGCCCCUCUGUGAUGAUGACGUGUGCAUGGGUAGUGCCAAUCAUAGGCUACUCGUUACAGCAUACAUCACCGCAAUGGGUGUCACCGACAAGAAACGUGACACGCUUAACUGCAUUGUCACAGAUGUCAAUAAGCGUUUGACUCAGCAGGUGAGAAAAUGGUGACUUCCAUAUUGUCUUGAAGUUGUGUCGCUAACGAUCUUGAUGCACAGACAGUGACAGAUUUAUGCAUUGUGGUGUACGAGUUGGCUUAACUACUUAUAGGUCAUAAGGGGUCAGUGUUGGGAUCAAUCAUCAGUUUCUUGUGCACUUGUGGACAGACUACUGUUCUGUGUGGUUCUUUAGACAGAAGUUAUUGGAAUAUUAUCGACAUCCUCUCAGACGACACACUUGCAAUUGGACUAAUAGGAACAGAUUUUGAACAGUUCACUGUGUCAUAUUACUAUCCAGUAUACGGGCCAGCCUGUUGGACUUACUGAACAGAUUCUGUACACCAGCUACCAUGAGCCGACACCAGGUGUUAAGGAUGUUUCAUAUGUGUGUGACAGUGUGUCUUGUAUGCCUGAUUCCUACACUGUGUCAUUCAGCCGCUACAAGUGGUACAAAUGUAGGAAAGAAUUCAAGGACAAGCAAACAUUCAAAGGAUAACCCCGAACAACUGGACAUUGUUCCCAGCUUGUCGGGUGUUCCCGGAAACCCAGCAGAGGGAACAAGGAAACCGUCACAAGGGGGAGACGUCCCCUCCCACAGUGCCCUUCUGCAGGGAGGAGACGUUACAAGGAAACACAGGUCCAGGAUCAUGUCCCCUAUGACAGGGGAGGAGCAGAUGAAGACAGACAUCCAUCCUCGUCCUGUUCGCUCACCUCAACAGGGAACAGAUCCCCUACCCACACUUCCUGAAUCAAAAAUACAGAAUCAACCAGUGGACCAACAGUUAGGGUAUUACGGUGAAAUCAUCCCAACAGUGACUAUUGACCAACGUGGCACUGAAUAUGAGAGUCCAGCCGAACAGAAAGAUGACGAGCUGGAGGAAAAGUUAGACAUGCUCCGUCUACGUUAUGGUUACAUGAACUCAGUGCUGCCUGAAAACAUGUCCAUGUACCCCGACGUCAUGAACUACACAGAGCCUGCUGAGGAGGCGGAGGAGGCGGAGGAGGCCGGGGGAGAGGAACAGGAAGAGCAGGGCGAGUAUGAAGCUGAUGAAUACCUGAUGUCGGCGUCGGUCAACAUAAGUCAGUUUGGUGACCAUGGCAACGAAUAUGAAGCUGAUGAGGGCCUACAGCCUAGUGGUUCAGAACUCCGUCCUUACAAAGUGCACAACAUGUCCAGUAUGGUAUCUGAUGUGUAUGACCCCUAUUAUAAUUACGGCUAUCAAUACAGACCAAAGAAGGACAACCCGGCCCAGGUGAUUCAGGCUACUCCAGUCAUCAGUGAUGUCCAGAUGACAGGAUCAGCUUCAGCUGGUUCUAAUGGGACAACCGGAAUGCAAGCAAAGAUCACCGAUGUCAAAACCAUCACACAGAAAAAGAAUUUAGCAGAUUUCGGGGGAAUGUCCGUUAGUGCCACAUUUGGCAUCGUGGUUGGGUCAAUCAUCGGGUUCUGGUUGGUCAUGGGACCUCUGGUCUGCCUCCUGAUGAAGGUACGAGACCACCACAAGGAGAAGCAGAAGCGGUUCAUGCUGGCUCCCCGCCAUGGCAAGGACAAGUCCGACAACGGCAUCAUGGAGGCAAUGAUCAUGACUGAACUGGGCAAGUUGUCUUUAAAAUCAAAGAAAAAGUACACUGCAGUUCGAAACCCAACAAAAACACCAGACAGGCAAUCGCUUACCGAUGACAGAGAACUUGACACAUUUCAUGAUGCAUGCGAUACUCCAGCCUUGUUACCAUAGACACGCCAAAGUUCCGUCGCAACAACAGCAUUGUUGUCACAGAAACAAGACUUGCAUUCAAAGACUACUGCAACUAUCAACUAUGUGACAGACAUGAAUAAUCCCCUAUUUCUGAGGCCAGUGUUCAUCUGAAGAAUUGAUGAAAUUUUGCAUAGUGCUUAAACCAUGCUGUUGCUUCAUUGUUAUCAUUAUCAAGUGAAACGGUCAAAGUUUCCUCGCCUAUCAUGCUGUAUUCUGAUAUAAUGUCAUACUGUAUUAAUUCCUUCGUGAUAUGAAAUAAAUCAUUUUAAAA